UGGCGGUGGAGCAGGAGGGGGAGGGGGUGAAGAGCUUUGAUGGCAGUAGUUGGGCCCAGCCGGCACUCCCGGGUGUCCAUGAGCGUGUCUAUGUCGCUGAUGCAGGGGGGCGGGGCGGGGACGACAGGUGGAGGCGGGACGACGGGGCCCGGGGCCCACCCGGGCCAGGCGGUCCUCGCGGCCGCGGCCGCCGCUGCCGCCGCGGCGGUGAACCAACCGACCCCCACCUAUUAUCACCCCGCCGCACCCGCGCCACCCCCACCGCCGCCGCCCGCGCAGGAUCCCGUCCAACCCGACAGACCCAUCGGCUACGGCGCCUUCGGUGUCGUCUGGGCUGUCACGGAUCCCAGGGAUGGUAGGAGAGUGGCCUUAAAGAAACUGCCGAACGUCUUUCAAAGCCUCGUCAGCAGCAAGCGCGUUUUCAGAGAGCUGAAGAUGCUCUGUUUCUUCAAACAUGAAAACGUUCUCUCAGCCCUGGAUAUCUUGCAACCACCGCAUCUCGACUUCUUCCAAGAAAUAUAUGUGAUCACGGAGCUACUCCAAAGCGAUCUUCAUAAGAUCAUCGUCAGCCCACAGCACCUCAGCCCAGAUCACAUCAAGGUCUUCCUUUAUCAGAUCCUUCGAGGUCUGAAGUACCUUCACUCAGCCAGAAUUCUGCAUAGAGAUAUCAAGCCAGGAAAUCUUUUAGUAAACAGCAAUUGCGUUUUAAAAAUCUGUGAUUUUGGAUUGGCCCGCGUGGAAGAGCCCGACCAGAACAAGCACAUGACUCAGGAAGUGGUGACGCAGUAUUAUCGUGCCCCGGAAAUUUUGAUGGGUGCACGACACUACACCGCAGCCGUCGAUGUUUGGAGCGUCGGUUGCAUUUUCGGCGAGCUCCUUCGUCGACGAAUUCUCUUUCAAGCACAGAGUCCUGUGCAACAGUUGGAAUUGAUCACAGAACUGCUAGGCACCCCAACCCUCGAGGACAUGAGGUACGCUUGCGAGGGUGCAAGGACUCACAUGCUGAGGCGUGCACCGAAACCACCCUCGUUGACGGCUCUCUAUACCCUCAGCAGCCAGGCGACGCACGAGGCCGUCCAUUUGCUCUGCCAGAUGCUAGUCUUCGAUCCUGACAAGAGGAUCACCGUGGUGGAUGCCCUUGCGCAUCCUUAUCUGGACGAGGGAAGACUUAGAUAUCACUCGUGCAUGUGCACGUGUUGCUACACAACGAGUGCUGGGAUGAGACAGUACACUGGGGAUUUCGAGCCAGCUACUACUCAUCCUUUCGACGAUCUCUGGGAGCGGAAAUUGACGAGCGUGCAGCAGGUGAAAGAGGAAAUGCACAAAUUUAUAGCGGAGCAGCUGAACACGUCGCGCGUGCCGCUCUGCAUAAAUCCGCAGUCCGCGGCAUUCAAGAGCUUCGCAAGCUCGACGGUGGCCCAUCCUUCGGAACUGCCCCUCUCCUCACCAAUGGGAAUAAAUCUUCUCCGUGGAAUAAGAAAGACAUACAAAAUAAGAAAAACACUAACAAAGAAUAAAUGAAAGCUAGAAAGAAAGAAAGAAAUAGAGAGAAAAAGACACGUAACUCACAAGAAUGGACCGUGUUUCCCUGGGUAUAUUCCUCAGACGUAUUCUCGUUUUUACGUCGUCGUUUGGACGAUCUUUUCGAGAAAAGAGAAGUAGAGAAGAAGAAGAAAUAGCAGAAGAAAUAGCAGAAGAAGGAAGAGGAGGAGGAGAAAUACUCUUAUCCAGGAAGACAAAACGAUGGAAGAAAGAAGAAACGGAGAAGAUGAUAGAAAAUAAAGAAAAAGAUAGUAAAAUAGAGAGAAAGAGAGAGAGAGAGAGAGAGAGUGAGAGAGAGAGAGAGAGAGAGAAAAAGAUAGAAAGCAAAGAAAAGCCAAGAGAGACAAUAGACUGCCGAGUACACUGUAGUUUCAAUUUUCGACUAGCCGAUAUAUACAUAAAACACAUAAAAAAAACCAUACACCCUUCUACAUACAAACUUACACGCACAUAUAUACAUAUACACGAGAAGAAUACACAUGUACGUAUAAAUAUAAAUAUAGAUACAUAGAUAUAUAUAUUAUUAUAAAUAUUGUACACAAGCGCGAGAGAGGGGGAGAGAAAGAAAGAGAGAGAGAGAGAGAAAGAGGAAGUGUGUGUGUGUGUGUGUAAGUCUUUAGAUAAAGGAAAGGGGAAUAGGAACGGGGUGGAGAGGGAGGGAAGGGCGAGGGCAGACGCAUCGCAAAAAUAACGCGACGAGAAAGAGGAGCCUAGUACAUUGAGAUAGAAAAAUGAGAUAUUUGUCAAACGUUAGAGAUGAUUCCGAGACGUUCCGAGGCUCGUGUCAAAAAAUAACGAUCACGAAAACUAUACUAAAAACGAUAAAAAAAAGAAAAAAAAGAAAAAGAACAAGAAGACCAACCGAUAAGAAUGAUUAAUGUCGUUUCAUAGAUACGAUAAUCCAGUCUCUUUUGAUCUUCUACUUUUUCUCUGGAUCAUCUCUACUUAGAAAUUAAAACUCGGGUUUAACUUGUCCAUAAUGGCUUUUAGCAUGUGCAUAGUUAUUCCAUUGGCCGCCUUGUACCAUCAUUAAUGGUACAAACGUUCUAGUUGAAAUCAUAUAAUUGAAAGUACAGAAAUUUGUGCUGGCCGAUGGUGAAACACAUUCAAAAUAAAGUCCUGUUGUGAACCUGUUAAAUGCGCGUAUAUGUAAACUUGAUUAAAUAUGCAAAUUUGAUUACAUUAACGUAUGUAGUCAAAUAUAUAUGGCAUAUUAAUUAAUUGUAUUAAUGAAUAUUUAUUAUUAAGACGCGCAGUACGUAUUUUCUCGAGAUUAAAUCGAUCCGCUUUAAUCGUAAGUUUUUACGAUUAUCUAACGUGUUUUAUAUAACGUGUUCCGAAUGAUUGAUAGAUCGGUUUGUCUUUUUUGAAAUAAAGAGAGAAACACUACGCAUGGUUUUAAUGAAAGAAGAUUUUUCGGUCCCAUAUGUUUUAUGCAUACACGCAUACAAACAAAUUUGAUAUGUGUAUACAUAAACAUAUGUCGAAUCGAUAUGAAGAAUCGAUUUGGCAAGACCAUUUGUGGUUAGAAUAAAAUAUUUUCCAUAUGAUAUCGAAAGAGAUGAUUUUCAUUGUUAUGGGAAAUAUGACGACCGUCGAGAAAGUUGCGUUGAUUUUUGAAAGAGCAUGAGAAAGAGUUUCCAAGAAAAAGGCUAUGAAAAUAGAAAAAUAAAGAGACUGGAAAGAUAAAUAAAACUAUUAAUCUCACGAAUGUUACAUUUCGUGGUAGUCGAAUCGUCAUGAACGAUUAGAGGAAGAGGAUCGAUUUUUAAGCCGACCAGCCAAUUCGAAUUUUUUCAAUUGAAUCGCAUUGUAGAUCGUAAGCUUGUCGGCGAUACAAAACUGAAAUAAAAUAAAAUAAAAUAAAAUAAAAUAAAAUAAAAUAAAAUAAAAUAAAAUGAAAUAACUAAAAACGUACAAUUAUUGUAUCGGAGAAUGAAUGGAAGAGCCUCUUUUCAUUCUCGUCGUCGUUUAGAAAAAAUAAUCGUAACCGAAGCAGCAGCAGCAUGUUGUUCCAAGAUAUUUCGAUUUUGGAAAAAAAAGAAAAACAUCUAAUCUUGCUCUAAUCUUGUAUCGUAAAAUCAUUUAGAAAGAUUUUGAUGUUACUCGACAAAAUCUGUUGCCGAUGAUGUGUGUUAAUAAAAGUUCAUCGAAAUUGUUUAAACGAACAUGGCGAAAUUAUGUAUAAUAUUAUAGCCUCGAUCGAUCUAAUCAUAAUUAGUUUUAAGUUAUAUAUUCUAAUCGCGAAUACGAUCGAUCGACGUACGAAAAAUAUUAUAUAUAUAUACGUAAACUUCACAAAAUUAUAAAAGAUUCCUAUUUAAUCAUCGAGUUUAAUCGACGUUCAUCUUGAUCCAUGCGAACGAGUUCGCUCUGGCAAAAUUUCAUUGACUUUUCGGCUUUGUUUUCUUUUCUAAAUCUUUGAUUGUUUUUUUGUCCUAUUUCGUAAGGAAAAAUGCAAAUAUUAGAUCGUGGACAAUUGUCAUUUCUAAAUAAAAUUAACAAAAAAAAAAAUUCAAGUCUAGACGAGACAAAAAUGAGGAAACAAAGAAACGAUUGUUAAAUCGGUAAAUAGAUGGAAGCGUUUAUUAAUUUAUUUCUUUUCUUAUUCGGACAAUUAGAAAAAAAA